AUGACUGACGACGAUAUUACUGAAGAACAUUCAUUUGGAUCUUGCUUGCAACCGUUAGCAUUAACUGCUGGGAAUACAAUAUUUUCAUCAAAAACAAUCAAACACAGAACACCUCCCUUUCCAAUCACAUCAAAUUACCAUCCAUCGCUGGACUCAUUAGCUCAAUCAUUCCUACACUUAGAUCCUAAAUUAAUUCCAACCGAAGAAUAUGAUCCAUCCAACAAACCAUCAUCAUAUAAAACGUUUUAUGAGAAUUGGUUACGCUACUUUUAUCUCUUAGUUCAACAGAAUAAUUUACACAAUAGUAUAGAUUCGAUUGAAGAACUUCAAAAACAAAUUCAGAUUUAUAAUAACAAAUACAAAGUGUUUGUGACAACAGGUAACUUAAACAACGAAACUGACUGUAAUAACAAUAAUAAUAAUUUAUCAAAUACACACUUUCGAGCAAAUACGAGGGAUCAAAUUGGUGGCAGUUUGACUUCACAGGAUCAAUAUAAAUGUGAACAAAUUUCCAACCAACAGAAAAAUAUUUCAUCACACAUAAAGAACAACUUACUUAUUAACAGUCAAUCGGUAGCAUACGAUUCAGAUAGUGAAUGUGAAUCCCUGCUAUCAAAUUUAAAUCAAGACUUAGUCGAUUCAAAGACUGCUUCAAAUGAUCAAACAGAUAAUUCGUCUUUACGCACUUCAUCAAAAUCACAAAGAUUGAAAACAAUGAUACAAGAGAAAGAAGAUAGAAUUUCACUUAAUGAUGAUUUGGCGGAAAUAUAUGAAUUUGCACACUUGUUUAAAUUGCGUAGACUCAGUUUGGGUUUGACACAGACACAAGUUGGAGCUUCUUUAAAUGCCAAAGAAGGACCUGCUUAUAGUCAAAGUGCAAUCUGUCGAUUCGAGAAACUUGAUGUAACUUUAAAAUCCGCAAAACGAAUGAAACCUGUCUUAGAACGUUGGUUAUCUGAAACCCAGGCAAUGCAUCACAAUGGAGCAAAUGAUUCUUUUGGAGCUCAACUUGUACACCGACCACCUAGGAAGCGUAAACGUAGAACCUGUUUCAGUACUAAAGCACUAAAGUGUUUAUUGCACCAACUUGAGAGGAAUCCUUACCCAACAAAAGCUGAAAUGACUGAGUUAGCCAAAGCCUUGACUUAUGAUCGUGAAGUUAUUCGUGUCUGGUUUUGUAAUAGGCGGCAAGCCAUUAAAACCACUGAAAAGCAAACAACAUCUAUUCACCUUUAA